UGUGUGGCGCGAGGCUGUCAUGAGGUCGCAAACGUUUGGUCUGAGGCCAGAUAAAAGAUCGCGCUGCUCACCUGGACGUCAGUUACUGCUGUUCAUUCGGCCGCACAGGCUGUUCUGGAGCGCCAUUUGGACGAAGCCAACGCUUUCAGGAAACUCCACUAAAUCCUACAAAAUCUCAGCAUAAAAAGGGGAAAAAAAGUAAGGAGACACGAAGAAGAAGAAAAGGGAGAGAGACAAGAAGACACAAGAGAGAGAGAGAAAAAAAAAUAGCAGACACGGAAAAGAAAUAAAAGAGAGACACACAAAAAAAGAGAGAGAGACAAGAAGGAGAAGAAGAGAGAAAAAAAAAACAGACCCGAGAGCGAGAAGAGAGACACAGACACGCCAAGAUGGAAGUGACGCACCUCCAGUUCCUGUUCAUGGGCUGCAUCUUCGUCGUGACCACCGCAGUGGGCUUGGCCCCGGCCGUCCUCAAGGGCACGCUCUCCAAACGCCUCAAGGACCACGCUCUCCUCACGCAGCGCCUCCUCUCCUGUGCCUCCUGCUUCGGCGCCGGCGUGUUCCUCUUCGUCUGCUUCAUGGGGCUCCUUCCCGCCGCCGACAAGAAGUUCCACCAUUUCUUGGAGGAGCUGGGCCACACGCACGAAUGGGAAACCUUCGCCGAAUUCCCUUGGGGUUUCUUCGUCGUCAUCUGUGGCUUCCUCAUCAUCUUCACCAUCGACAAGCUGGUGCACGCCAUGGAACACGCAAAGCAGGCGUCAGCAGGUGCCAACUCUCACAUCCUCCUUCAGAAGCCAUCGUCAGAGGACUUUUCCUCCCACUGCGAGGACCCCGAGACCACGGACUCCUCCUCAGGUUGCCACAACUGCCACGAGCUGGAAGGCGGUCACGAUGUGCCCUCCUCCGUGAUCUUCCUGGUGGCCCUCGGGAUGCACUCGGUCUUUGAGGGAAUCGCCGUCGGCCUGCAGACGGAGAAAGACAAAGUCCUCGAGUUUUCUGUUGCUGUUUUGGUCCACGAGACCGUCAUGGCGUUCACUUUUGGCAUGGAGGUGAGCAAGAGCCAGGUGCUGAGCAGGUGGAGCAAAGCCUUCUACGUCUUAGUGUUCACGUCGACGAUCCCAGUGGGCAUAGCCACGGGGGUAGGCCUGCAGAACGCGCCCUCGGAGAACAGGGAGAUCGUAUCCGCUGUCCUGGAGGCCUUUGCCACAGGGAUCUUCAUCCACGUGAUCUUCGUGGAGAUUCUGGCCAAGGAGUUCCCGAGCCACCACCGCCGCGCCCACCACCACCCUCAGGAGAAGAGUGUGGAUGACGACUCGAUGGUCGUGCCUUCGAGUCCAUCAGAAAUGUGCCUGAUGAUGGAGAAAAUCGCGUCUAUUUGCUGCGGGAUGAUGACGCUCAUCUUGCUGAACGUUUUCAUGCACGGCCACCAUCACUAGCGUUGGCUGGGGAGUCGUGCAGCUGAACGUGACGGGGAAAGUGAUCGUGGAGGAGAACGUGAAUGGGAAAUACAUCCUGGAGGUGUACGUGAAAGGAGAGGUUAGCGUGAAAGUGAACGUGAAGAAGGACGUUAAAAUGCAGGUGAAGAAAAUUGGAAAAAGUGAAGGUGAGGAGGUGAUUGAAGCUGAAAGGAAGGUGAACGUACGAAGCCCCUGCCCAGCCUUUCGUUAAGCCCCUGCCCAGCCUUUCGUUUUGGUUCCGUGAAAAUUACAUUCUUCCUGACUUGGUGCGGUUUUGAUGUUAAAACAGUAUAUAAAUGUCAAAAAGCGAUCAUAGAGAAAGAAUUAGGAGGAUCUGGGCAGAAGUUGCUCUAGGCGUGGCGCAUCUAGAUAAUCCUUGACGUCAACGUGAUUUUUGGAACCCCGGCUUAAGGCUUACGGAACCUUUUUUGGGGCUCGGGAAACCUCGGUCGAUGGUUACUGGGGCCCUGGUUUCAGACUCGUGUAACCCCGGCUUAAGACUGGUAGAACCACGGUUUAUGCCAAGUGGAACCUCGCUCUUAGGCUAGUGGAAAUCCUGCUUAUGGCUACUGGAACUUCGGUUUCAGACUGGUGAAGCCUAGGUUUCAGGGAACGAUGAACUCCGGUUUAAGGCUAGCAGAACCUCGGCCUCAGUCUGGCUUAGGUUUAGUUGAACCCCUGGAAGCGAAAGGAGGAACAUUUUUAAUGAGGGUGAAGCGAGUUCAAACAACAGCUGGUCCUUCCCUCGUUGUGUAGGCCUAGUUUGUGAAUAUUUGAAAUCGAAUAGUUACUUCUAAACCCUUUUUUUCCCAGAGGCGAGUGGUUGUGUUCAUGUGACGGUUUUACGAUAUUUCUUUACCGUUAAUUGCAAAUUUAGUUUUAAAAGGGAGUUCUAGAUAUAGACCGCUAAAAAAAAUGUCAGUAAAAAUACAUAUCAACUGAAAAUAAAGAUAAAAAAAAAAUCCGUAUAUCCGUAUUAUUACUUUUGUUUCAGAAUGUGUAAAUAGGUUAACCACAGACGAUGCAACAGAUUAGAUUGCUCAAUAUUUUCUUUUUUUCCGCUCGAUUUAUGCUAACAAGACAUACAUUCCAUAAUUUACCGAAUGAUUGCUAAGUUUUCCGCAACUUCAGGUCGAUUCACACUAAAGUUUUUGCUACUUUUUUUUUUUUUUUUUUUUUUUUUUUUUUUUUUUUUUUUUUUGAGGGAGGGGGGUCACUCAUAAAUACUUGGUAAGUGUAUUUGUGCACAUUUCAGUGAUAGAUUAAUUAUUCUAUUUGUUGCUUGUUUUCAUCCCUAAAAUACUCAUCAAGUGAAAACGCAUUAUGUAUUUAUUUAUUUUUUAUUGGCUUUGUAUUCCUUGUGUGUUUUUGUAUUCCUUUCAGUAGAGAUUAUGUCAUCUUUCUGUACUUCAUGUAAGUAAUUUUCGUGUCUUACGAAUAUCAUGCGUUUUUCGUAAAUUUCGCGAAAAACGUAUUAGAUUCCUUGUCUCUUUCGAUAAGGGUGAUUACAGUAUAUUUCACUAUUGUUAGUCUUAUGACUGACAAGAAGUAUUGAAGAAUUAGGAGGAUGGAAUGAAAACACGACAAUUUUACGUUGUGUUGUACUAGUAAAUAAGUAUUUUCUCAUCUCUCCUUCAAGACCUGUUCAUUCCAACUGCUAUUUUUGUAAAAAGGAGCUUGACAUUCAGUUUCCUAGACGAAGAUAUAGGAAAACAGACCAUGCACUGCCAGGAUGACCUAAAUGUAAAUGUAACUAUCUGUAUUUUUAGGGGAUUUACGAAAAAAAAAGUCUAGUGUGAAUCA